AUGGAUUGGAGAAGUCUCCUGAAAGAUCAAACCACUCCCUGCGAGUUGGCUAACGGAAUUCGUCGCAUUUAUACUCUGGCUAACCGUAAACCACCUGAGUUAACACUGUCAUCUGCUGAUGAAUAUGACAUCCUAAUUUUAUGUCGAAAAGCUAUUCAGCCGAAUGUAAUGGCUCUCUUUGAAGCUAUAAACGCUACGGAUAAAAUUUUACCUUUAGUACUACAUCAUAUAAAUGAUAUGAAUACAUUAGCAAUUUUUGCUACUGAUACAACAAAAGCAAGUGUACUGGAGUUUGAUCGUGCUACACUAUACAAAUGUACUCUAACGCUACAGUUAAGAAGUAAAAUUUUAAAUUCCAAUUGGCCUAUUAAUGAUGAUCCAAAAAAUGAAGCAAGCACAGAAUUGUUAGAAAAAGUAUGCAGCAAAUGCCCAACCAUAGCUUCCUUUCGGCUAUUACCAUAUGAUCAACUCAAACAACAAUUUCUGGAUUAUGCUACUCCUGAACAACAAGGAAUUCUGGAGGCAAUAUGGAUAGAUGAUAACAAAUUACGCACAAAAGUUAAAGAAUACAACCUUCCAUUAGCGCUAAUUAAAAUUUUAGAAGAGAAUGGAACCAAAUCCAUAGAUGACAUAAGUGAUAACGAUGUAUCUGCACUUAUCAAGGUCGACCAAAAAAGGAUGACAGAACAACUCGAGCAGAACGGCAUUGAUAAACAACAAACUGAUUUUAUUAUUGAGCAACAUGCAAAAUUUAAAUCAAACUUGACACAAUUAAGAAAAAAGGAAACCAAAAAAGGUCAAGAAGAAGAAGCUGAGAAAAGGAAACAAGUUGAAGAGAACAAAAAACAAACAGUAGAAGCUAUCAAAAAUAUAGAAGAGAUUAAUAAAAAUCUCAAGACGCUUUCGUCUAAACAAGUGGAGGAUAAUUUGAAGUCAGUUGCGGAGAAAUUAAAAGUUGAAUGGAAAUUUUCAUCUGAAGAAUUAGAACAAUCAAAUAAACUGAUAGAAACAAUUUUAAAGGAUUUGAAUACGGCUAAAACUGAAUUAGAAGCGACUUGUGGUAGUAACUAUAAAACGGAUGAAGAAAUUAUUUCACACAUUAGUGGUGGAAUGGCACUUUAUGGAAUUCAAUUAUUGGAUCCAGAAAAGUUUGGAGAAAAAGCUGGACGACAAUUAUUGUCAUGCCCGUUAUACUGUCCAUUGUUGAGUCCUGAGUAUGCAUUUCAAUCCAAUGUGCAAAACUUCACCAGCCUUCAAGCAUUAAACCGAUUUCGCAAAAAUAUACAGACGAGCGGCUUAAGUGUUGCAUUGAGUCUUGAAGCCUCUGCGUGGGGCGCUUCACUCAAAACAGGUCUUUCGCGAAAUACACAAGAUACGUCCGAUGAAGAAAAACAGACAAAAUCGCAAUCAAGAAAAUUUAUACAAACGGAAUACAUAGUAAAACCAGUAAAAUGCUUUCGUAUACCGCGUGAACAAAUGAGACUUUCAUCGGAAGCUGAAAAUGCUCUUAAAACAAUCAAUAAUAAGUCGAAAGCUAAAGAUUUCUUGCGUUCUUUUAAUUCACACGUAAAUGACGGCAGACAACAUAUUGGUGGUAUUUUCAUACGCACUGUUGACGUUGAAACUAAAGAAGAAACUGACGUCGCAAGUUUAGAAAAAAUUGCUUCGAAAAAUUUUGCUGUUGAUAUCGGCGGCGGAUGCAUAGGCUACGGUUUUGGAGGUGUUUCAGUUGAAAAUUUUACAAGCGAUGGAUCCAAAACCGGGACAGAAGAAAUAUCUCGUACGGCAACUGUGAAACGACAUGUAUAUUGUAUGGGACCAGAUUGUAGCAAUAUAGAGCUGUUUACUAAAACGUUGAUUUCAAAUAAUUCCACAUGGUAUAUUAUUGAUCGCGAUACUAUUUCAUCCUUCGUUCCAAUAUGGGAAAUUAUUCUGACAUCGUAUUCCUUACAAUCGGAUCUAUGUCAAGCUGCUGAACUUAUUAAACAAGUUUGGUUGCAAGAAGCAGAUGCAAAUCAGCAUAUACCGAUCAUUCAGUAUGAAAUACAACGAGUGCUAUCAAGUGAUUACAGUUCUUCGAUGUCAAUGUUACUUCCUUCAUUUCAUAACAAUGGAAAGAAAGUCACAUUGAAUAUUCGCGAUGUAGUCAAGAAGUUGGACGAUGAAAUAGAAAAAUGCUUAACAGACAACUUCAACGUUGAUGAAUUAAGUUCAAAUCAUCUUCUAUCAAAGGUAUGUACAUGGUUUAAAGCAGAUCUAGUAAAAAAGAAGUCCGUUGAUGCAAAAGCAGAUACAUGGCGUUUCGUAGCAUCCAUUAUAAAUAUUUGA